UGCGCGUCAGCUUUCACCCUGCAGCAACACUUCUAAGCGAAAUAUUGAUAUGGUGCUAAUUAAUGGACACUUUCAUAGAUCUCUGCCAAUCAUUCGGUGUGCCCCUCUGGGUGGGGCCGUUGCUCCACGCGGCCUCCAGGCUGAAGACGACAGACCGGAUAAAACGAAGAAAAGUUUACCGUUUAAUCCAGCGUCACUGAACAGGAUCGGCUGUAGCACACGUUACAAACCCACUUACGUGUACCCAGCUGAGCUCAAAGAGAUGGUCCGAGCAGCCUUUCCAAACGACAUCUGUGACUAUGACGACCCCUGUCACGAAAAUAAAAUGCCUCCAGAAGGGAAAUCUGACAUGGAGCGGAUUGGCAUCUUUAAAGAGAUGGGAUACAUCUCAAUAGGGGACAAAUAUACACCUUUUAUUUACCGCCCAUUUAAUGACUCCGCAUACAAGAACAAACAGAUGCUAUCAGGAGGAGUUCAAUCAAAGAGUGCGCUCCCGGCGGGAUACUUCGACACACAGUUUAAGAGGAUCUUUGAGCGAGAGGCGCUCACAGACCCUGUCAAAAUAGAAAGACAGUACAGGAUACAACGGGCCAAAAAGAACAUAGGCAAAGCCUUUCUUCCCAGUAAUGGAGAGAAAAAAACAUGUGGAGUGGGCAGCCAUUAUGGGACAUUUGGAGGCCCCAUUCAAGCAAUGAGUGCCCUACAGAAUCCAAGGAAACCAAACAAAUCACCUGGAAAAAACUUCUACACCAAUCCACCCAAGAAAGGAAGUGGUUACAGCUAUCCUGACGUCACCCUCUCCAAGAUGGUGUCCCAUUCCUCAGACCCCUAUGACAGAGCCAAGGAAAUGCUAAAGCGUGAGAUCAUGGCACACAAAUCCAUGCUAAAAGGGGGAGCGUUUCGUUUGAACCUUCAUCCAGUUGAAUGCUUUAACAGCAAUCCUUACAAAUUUGACAAACCUCUACAACCUCCAAAGAAGACAGGGGAGAAAAGGCACAUUACGGUGCCCUUCAAACCAAGUUCGCCAAGUAAAAAGACUGGAGGCAUGAAAGCAGGAACAUUUGACUCCUACCCCACCUACUCUGCAGAACCCUACGGUACCAAAAAGACCAAAUCAGCAAUGACAAAUAAGGAAGUAAAAAUAUUUCACCCCUCCCCUGGUCCAAAGAGCACACCUGUCAAGAGCAUCAUCAGUCUCAACGUUAAAAAGGCUGUGAAUUCCACAAACUAUAAUCGAAUCCCCUCUGUGAUGGCAUAUUGAGAACUUGUGAUGUCUUCAGGUGAAUAAAUGAAUGUUAUAUAUUGGUCUUUAGAUUAAAAAGCUGCAAUUUUGAAUUGAAUUUAUAUAAUUCUCUUAAUUGAUAAAGAUGAACUCUUUUAAGAGAUCUUAUACUUAAUACUACCCCAGGGGAAAAAACACUUUUGUCUAAAACCACAAGUUAUUAAGCAUUAAAAAUACAUAUUGUGUGU